UUGCUUGGUUUUUCAUGGAAGAAUUGAAACGUGAAGAAGAAAUGAGAAAGGCGAAACCACACACGGUUCCGCGAUUUUCCUCUUUUAAGACGGCGAAAAGCCCCAAUUUUCAUGUGCCCUUCUGAGUCUGCGUCGUUGAUCCGAUUCUUGGUUUGCCAUUGCGGCGGACGGUGGAGCUCCCCUCUCUGGUCUGUCGAUGAAUGGGAUUCGUUUUUUCAGCUGCGCUUCUCAUGUUAGUUUGCCUUUGCCCCAAUUCCUAAUAUUUCAUUGCCUUUUCGUUUAGCCAUCUGUUUGACUGGAGUUUAUACAGUAUACACAUGGAAUAGUAAGUCUCAAAGGCCCGGUUCCACUUUAAAAACAUUGCUAGGUUACCUCAGAGCCCAAGAGCCUGUUUAUAAAGUAAAUCUUAAAACGGGAUGAAAUUGCCAAUGAUGGUUUCUAGUUUACAACCCGUAAGUUUUCAUGAUUUCCAAUAUUACCCCCCCUACACUUUUAAAAGAAUCACCUUUAGCCCACCAUGCAAGCAAACCUGAAAACCAACCUCUGUUCCUUGAGCAAAUCCCGGAAAUCGCUCUCUCUUUGGUCUCUUUCCUCCGCCUCGCUUGCUCCGUCGCCUCCUCCUUCAUCGCCUUCAUUCUCUUCUUAUCCUUCUUCGUCUUCGUCUUCGUCUUCUUCUUCGUCUCAAUGGUUCUUUCUUCUUCGUUCUGCAAUCUCCACCGCCGAUUUGGCCCUCGGGAAAUGCACCCACGCGCGCAUUCUAGCCUUCGAGGAAAACCCAGAACGCUUCCUGAUCAACAAUCUCAUUUCGAUGUACUCCAAGUGUGGGUCACUGUUUUACGCGCGUCGACUGUUCGAUAAAAUGCCUGAGCGAGACCUUGUUUCGUGGAACUCGAUUCUUGCUGCAUAUGCUCAGUGUAGCGAAGGCUGUAUCGAGAAUGUGAACGAGGGUUUUCGAAUUUUUCGGGGCUUACGGCAAUAUGUUGUUUUUACUAGUCGAAUGACUCUGGCUCCGAUGUUGAAGCUGUGUUUGAAUUCUGGGUAUUUGUGGGCUUCGGAGGCUGUUCAUGGGUAUGCUUUGAAGAUUGGUUUGGAGUUGGAUGAGUUUGUUUCAGGAGCUCUCCUUAACACUUAUCUGAAGUUUGGUCGGAUCAAGGAAGGUAAGGUUUUGUUCGAGGAAAUGCCCUCGAAAGAUUUAGUGUCAUGGAAUUUGAUGGUGAAGGCGUAUCUUGAUUUGGGUCUUGACGAAGAAGCACAACUUCUCGUUUCUGAGUUUCGUAGAAGUGGUUUACGUCCGAAUGAAGCCACCUCACGUUUGCUCGCCACCCUUUCCGAUGAUAAUUCUGAUAGAUGCAGGAAGCAUUUGGGCCAAGCCAGAGAUUGCUCAAGAUUGUUUUCAGAUGAUGGUAACAGUGGUGGGGGUGUUAACAUUUCUGAUGUAAUAUCGAAGAACAAAAGAUUGUCUGAGUAUCUCCGUGCAGGGGAUUAUUCAGCUGUUCUCCGAUGUUUCUCGAACAUGGUUGAGUCCAACUUAGGAUGCGAUAAUGUGACGUUUAUCUUAGUUCUGUCUGCAACUGUAGGAUUAGGUAACUUAGCAUUGGGGAGACAGGUUCAUGGUAUGUCAUUGAAGUUGGGACUGGAUUCCAUGCUUCCUGUUGCGAAUAGUCUAAUAAACAUGUACUCUAAACUGAGACAAAUCAGUUCUGCUAGAACAGUGUUUCACGGUAUGAGUGAACGAGAUUUGAUCUCAUGGAAUUCGAUUAUUGCCGGUUGUUCUCAAAAUGGUAUGGAAAGGGAAGCAGUGAGUGAAUUCAUGCAUUUGCUACGGUCUGGUCUUGCACCGGACCAGUUCACUCUGACGAGUGUCCUAAAGGCCUCUUCGUCUCUUCCAGGAAGCUUGUCCUUAAACAAACAAGUUCAUGUUCACGCAGUUAAGUCUAAUAAUGUAUCUGACAAUUACGUCUCUACUGCUCUUAUCGAUGCGUAUUCUAGGAACGGGUGUAUGGCUGAGGCAGAGAUUUUGUUUGGGAAAAAGGGUGGCUUCGACUUAGCAACUUGGAAUGCUAUGAUGUUUAGUUAUACCCAAAGUGAAGAUGUCGAUAAGACUUUGAAGCUCGUUUCAUUGAUGCAUAAACGUGGGGAGAGACCGGACGAGAUCACAUUGGCAACAGUAGUCAAGGCAUGUGGUUCAUUGUUCGCGAUGGAACAUGGAAAGCAAAUCCAUGCUUACGCAAUAAAAUCUGGAUUUGAUUCCGAUCUUUGGGUAAGCAGUGGGAUUCUUGAUAUGUAUGUAAAAUGCGGUGAUAUAGUGGCUGCUCACUCGGUUUUCAAUGGUAUUCCUAUGCCCGAUGAUGUAGCAUGGACGACUAUGAUGUCAGGAUGUAUAGAGAACGGAGAAGAAGAGCGUGCCUUUUCUGUUUACACCCAGAUGAAACGCUCAGGAAUUUUGCCUGAUGAGUUUACCAUAGCCACUCUGUUGAAAGCAAGCUCUUGCUUGACGGCCUUAGAACAGGGGCGUCAAAUUCAUGCUAACGCUGUCAAAAUGAAUUGUGCCAUCGACCCGUUUGUUGCGACUUCACUUGUUGACAUGUAUGCUAAGUGCGGAAGCAUAGACGACGCAUAUUCCUUGUUUAGACGGACAGAGGCGAGGAACAUUACUGCGUGGAACGCAAUGCUGGUAGGAUUAGCUCAACAUGGAGAAGGGAAAGAAGCACUCGAGCUUUUCAAAUUGAUGAAAUCUACGGGAAUCAAACCCGAUAAGGUCACAUUCAUUGGUGUCUUAUCCGCUUGCAGCCAUUCGGGCAUGGUAUCCGAAGCUUACGGGUAUUUCCGCUCAAUGCAGCGAGAUUAUGGGAUCAAACCCGAAAUCGAACAUUACUCAUGUUUGGUUGAUGCGCUUGGCCGAGCAGGCCUCGUUCAAGAGGCUGUAAAGGUAAUCGAGUCGAUGGGCUUUGAAGCUUCGGUCUCCAUGUACAGAGCUCUGCUUGCAGCUUGUCGGGUCAAAGGGGACACAGAAACCGGAAGAAGAGUGGCAGCUAAGAUUCUGGAGCUAGAGCCGUCGGAUUCAUCAGCUUACGUGCUUUUAUCCAACAUAUAUGCAGCUGCAGCGAAAUGGGACGAGAUGAAGCAAGCCCGGACGAUGAUGAAGGGACAGAGAGUGAAGAAGGACCCGGGAUUCAGCUGGAUCGUCUUGAAGAACGAGAUGUAUCUGUUUGUUGUGGACGAUAGGUCGAACCCGCAAUCGGAGUUGAUAUACGAGAAAGUGAAAGAGAUGAUCAGAGAGAUCAAAGAAGAAGGGUACAUUCCCGAGAUGGAAUACGCACUUGCAGAUGUGGAAGAAGAGGAGAAAGAGAGGUCCCUGUAUUACCACAGUGAGAAGCUGGCGGUGGCGUUCGGGCUAAUAAACACGCCUCAGUCAAUGCCUCUUCGUGUCAUAAAGAACCUCCGGGUUUGCGGAGACUGCCACAACGCGAUGAAGUACAUAUCGAAGGUAUAUAGAAGAGAGAUAGUACUGAGAGAUGCAAACCGAUUUCACAGGUUCAAAGGCGGGGUUUGCUCUUGUGGCGAUUACUGGUAACCAAAAACCCGCGUUCUCGGGUGAGACUGAGACCUGCCUUGACGGAGCAAACGAGGUAGAAGAAGAGUCUGGUUUCAUGGCUUGGAAAUACAGUUUUGCAUUUCGACAAAACGAUCAGAAGAGGAUGAAACAGAGUAAGAUAUGAACGAAUGUCUGUUCAAAGCGUUGUCCUUUUUUCACAUAAGAUUCCAUUUUUGGACAUUGGCCCUGCCUGCCUGCUUACCUUUACCGAUCAUUACGAUCAGGAAAGUAUUACCUCGUCGGAA